UUUUUGUCCCUCCAGGUACAGCGGAGCCUUCAACUACGAAUAGAAGCGCAGGGUAAGUACCUUGAAACUAUUCUGGAAAGAGCAUGCAAUGCUCUUGUGGAUCAAAAUCUUAGAACAAAUGAGAUUGAAUCAAGCAAACAAAAAUCCCCAGAAUUUGCAAACAGGGAAACCAAAGGAUGCUUGGGCUUCUCAAUUGAACCUCUCCAUCUUCCUUUCCUAUCUGAAAUAACAGGAGCAUCCCCGGAAGGGAAAUCUGGGAACCGAGUUCAACAGAUGAAUGAAUGUUCUAUAGAGAGCUGCUUGACUCCCAACGGUAACCCUAGUGGAGUAUCAGUGUUUGGUUCAAAGGUGGCGUUGAAUAAAAGGCCACCCACUAUGCUUUUCAAUGGUCAAUUGAGCUUUGGUGCUAGUCUUCAUGAUGAACAAGCAUGGAUGAGUUCAGUGUGAACCAAAUGUUUACAUAUCUAACCCCUGAAAUAUUAAUAUUACAUGCCUAUCACUCAUAGAACAAAUUUAGGUGCAUGGAAUGGAAUAUUAAAGUUUAUAGGAUGGUAUGAAUGAUAGAAAUGAAUUAUAUGAGUGAUAUAUUUGAUAUUAAAGUUAUAUAUAGGUGGUAGACAUGUAGUAUUAAUGUUUUUGGUGUUAGAUAUUUAAAUAGCAUGAAAUAAAGUGGUAUGUAUGUAAAUUUCCCUUAUUGGGUUUAUGAUCAUCUCUCCUCAUUUUUUUCGGGGGGGCACAAUAGGGUAGCUCAGUCCAUUUUCAGGGAUAGCUAGAUGGUAUAAUUGGGCAUCCUAAACUGAGACUUACGCAUAACAGUGCAUUUGAGCUUGUUAUCUUCUGUUAACUAUUUUACAGUUGAGUAUUUUUUCUGGAAAAAUUGAGGAUGAGGCUCAUUCAUUCA